AAAUAAUCUAAAUGACGUUUACGCAAUAUUUGUUAUCCAUCCAGCGUGUGAGGUAGCAAAAUCAUCAAAAUGGAAAUUCUUCGGAAAACAGCAAACUUUGUGCUUGGAAAAAGAAUGGUUGUUUUUCAAAAAAUAAGACUAUCAUCAACCAUGUCAUUCCAAACAUCGUUUGCAAAGAAAGUCUCUGCGCGCCAAAGUGAAAUCAACAUCAAUCUGAGGGAAUUCGGAUCCAGCAGUCUAUUGCACUGCACAAAGGCAUCUGACAAGGAAAUGGCAAAAAGUCUACAGAGAGAAAUCGAAGAUGAAAUGGAAAGUUUGUCGAAAGAAAAGUCCUAUUUCGACGGAUGGGAAAUGACUAAGUCUGGAGCAGACGUGAAAAUAACCAAAGCUUUUCCAUCAGAGACCAUAUCUGUAAUGUUUAAUGUUAACAACUCGCUGGCAGACAAUUACGAUGAUAUUGAAAAGGAUGAAUAUGAUGGGCCACCGAUGUCCUCGAGGCCACCAUUCAUAGUAGAAAUUGCGAAGCCGAGUGGAAUGAAAAUGGCUAUCGAGUGUGAAUGUUCUUCAAAUAGGGAACCUAUGGAUCAAAUUGAUGAUGAAAUGCAAGAUGAUGAAAUUAAUGCAGGAUAUGAAAUCAGCAGUGUUCAGGUUUACAGAGACGAGCGAUUGCCAACAAACUAUGUGUGCCAAGCUUUGGAUCGACCACUGCAUGAUAACCUUAUGGGCAUCCUAAUGGAGAGGGGGAUAGACAAUGAAUUUGUUGAUGAACUUGUUGAUUUUUGCACAAACUAUGAACAACAGCUUUAUAUAGAUUUCUUGGUGAAAAUGAAGUCUCAUUUAACUGAGAAAUAAUUAACAUGUAAAAUUGUAUUUGUGACACAGUGGGAAUGUAGACUUUUCCAUCAAUAAAUAUUUUACCAUUAG